AACCUUCCCAUUGCCUGUCUGUAAAAAGUAGACUAGCCCAAGUGUUUGCUCAGACAUGAACAGAUUGUUUUGCUAACAAGAAGAUGGCGACUUGUUCAGUCUCCAAAACCGUGCAAACCCUCGGACAAUCGUUCCACAAGUUGGCCACGCCCACUUUGGGUAGUUCGGGCCCGGGUUUCACUGCCCAGUUCUCCUCCACCUCGGUUGAUUCUGCGGCCAAGGAUGUGUCCACUGACUUCAAGGGUGCGGCCCGUUUGGCCUCACUGAAGAAAGGCCCGGGCUUUCGGUCUUCGUUUUCCGGUACCGUGGCCACGGUCUUUGGGGCCACGGGCCUGGUUGGACGCACUGUAUGCAACCGCCUAGGCAAGAUUGGGAGUCAGAUGGUCAUUCCGUACCACAAGGAUCACUAUUCAUUUAUGCGAUUGAAAGUGUGCGGUGACCUCGGCCAAGUGUUGUUCACGCCUUACUAUCUAAAGGACGAAGAGUCCAUCCGCAAGGCCAUAAAGCACUCCAAUGUGGUCAUCAACCUGGUUGGAAGACAAUGGGAGACCCGAAACUUCUCCUUUCAUGAGGUCAAUGUGGAGGGUCCGGCUCGUUUGGCCAGAAUCGCCCGCGAAAUGGGAGUCAAGCGAUUCAUUCACAUCUCGGAUAUCAACGCCAGAGAAAACCCCAAGUCCUUAUUUCUACCCGGAGGAUCCAAAUAUCUGCGAACCAAAUGGUUGGGAGAACAACGCGUUCUGGAGGAGUUCCCCGAUGCCACCAUCUUCAGACCCACAGAGAUGUUUGGACCUGGGGAUUCCUACUUGAGUUACUACUUUUCUUUGGGGCGAUUGCAGUACCGCGUCAAUUUGCCUUUAUGGAAGAAAGGCGAGGAGACCGUAAAAGCUCCUUUGUACUAUUCCGAUUUGGGACAAGCCAUCGUGAACUCCAUCUCCAAUCCCAGUGCUAAAGGGAAUAUCUAUGAAGCCUAUGGUCCGGAAAGGUUCUUACUAUCCGAGCUGAUGGACUAUACUUUUGCCCUGGCUGAGCGUGACUACCAAGAGUUUGGAUACAAACGAGUGGAUUUGCGAUUCCGGCCUUUGUUUUUGGCCAAGGCCAAGAUGAUGGAGAUGCUUCCCCUUGGGGUCAAAUAUUUUGGUGGAAACACUCUGGAACGAUUGGACCGGAGUUGUUUAAGUGACGAGGUUCUGGGAUUGGAUAACCUCGAGGAUUUGGGCGUCAACCCAGUGAAUAUUCGAGUCCCCUUGAAAUAUGAGUGUGACGUGUACCGCUACUUUGCCCAUUACGUCCCGGAAACCAUUGCAGAUGAGCUCCCAAUUCCGCCCCUUGAGCCCAUCUCCACCAUUGAAGAGAGGAAACUUCAAAUGAAGGACGAAGUUAAUCCCUUGAAACUGUUGGGAUUGGCUUGAACGGGACAUUCUUCUGCCGUAGUGAGAUAACAUAACCAACAUUGAAUUUAUCUGGAAUGAGAGAAACCAAUAAUGAAUAAAGUUUGACUCUCAAUCU